GCGCCGUUCCGGAAGCGGAAGUGCCGAAGAGGUCAUAGGCCUUCAUCAUGGCGGCCCUCGGGGUGUUGGUGUCCGGUUGUAAGCGGCUGUUCCGAGGGUUCCUGGCAGGGCCGCCUGCGACCCACUGGGCUCGGCCUCCAGAUCGCGGGUACAGGGAAGUGGUGGAGAUCCAAGAAGGGAAGACAACUAUAAUUGAAGGCCGUAUCACAGAGACUCCCCAGGAAAGCCCACAUCCUCCUAACCCCACUGGCCAGUGCCCCAUCUGCAGGUGGAACCUGAAGCACAGGUAUGGUUAUGAGGAUGUUCUGCUGCUCAGUCAGUUCAUCCGGCCUCACGGAGGCAUGCUGCCCCGAAGGAUCACAGGCCUGUGCCAGGAAGAGCACCGCAAAAUUGAGGAGUGUGUGAAGAUGGCCCACCGAGCAGGUCUGUUGCCAAAUCACAGGCCUCCGCUUCCUGAAGGAUUUGUUCCAAAAAGAAAACUCCAACUCAACCGGUACCUGACCCGCUGGUCCCCCGGCUCUGUCAAGCCCAUCUACAAUAAAGGCCACCGCUGGAAUAAGGUGCGCAUGGCCGUGGGAUCACCCCUCCUGAAAGACAAUGUCUGCUACUCAAGAAGGCCUUUGGUGUUAUAUCAUUGACGGAACAGGGCUUCCUGAGAACCUAGCCAGAUGUCCCCUUGCUCUGUCACCGGUUCCUACCAGGGCGGCCUGACUCCUCCAGUGUGAAUGGCACAAGUGGCAGCGACACCACCUUCGGUACCUUCAGCUGGGGGCACGCAGUUCACUUGGGUUCCUUGGCACCUGAGGGGGUCUCACGACUGGUUGGGGCCUUACUCUGUGCUGGGAGACAGGAGUUCUCCUCAAAGGAAUGUCAUAAACCAGGCUCAUGUCUCACCCA